UUUUGUUUAUUUAGUUAUCACCGAUUGCAAAUAAAUCCGUUUAAUCCUCUGCUAAAUUAAAUAAUAAAACUAUUCCAAAUUAAUAUUCUAGAUGAAUUAAUUUUCUAUUUUUAGUAUUUGUCCGUAUUUGUGGUUAAAACUAAAUAAACUAUGAACUGUUUAUUGUUCUUAUAUAGCCGUCAAUUAUAGAGUUGCCAGGAGCGUUUUGUUUAAUAUUAGUUAUUAUUAAAUUUAUUUUAUCAUUUGGUGGGUCCUAAUGGAACUGAGGAUAGGCAAUAGGUACCGUCUUGGUCGCAAAAUUGGCAGCGGAUCAUUUGGGGACAUAUACCUUGGGACAGAUGUUGUUACUGCCCAGGAGGUGGCGAUCAAGCUGGAAUGUGCAAAGACUAAACAUCCACAAUUACAUAUAGAGGGAAAAAUUUACAAACUUAUGCAAACUGGAGUUGGAAUUCCAACUAUAAAGUGGAGUGGUACUGAAGGCGAAUACAAUGUUAUUGUCAUGGAGUUGCUUGGUCCAAGUCUCGAAGACCUUUUCAACUUUUGUUCAAGAAAAUUUAGUCUUAAAACUGUACUCCUUCUUGCUGAUCAAUUGAUCAGUCGAGUAGAGUUCAUUCACUCAAAAAACUUCAUCCACCGUGAUAUCAAACCCGACAACUUCCUAAUGGGCCUGGGCAAAAAAGGUAAUUUAGUUUACAUCAUCGACUUCGGUCUGGCAAAAAAGUAUAGGGACAGUCGCACGCACCAGCACAUUCCUUACAGGGAAAAUAAAAAUCUAACCGGUACUGCGAGGUACGCAAGUAUCAACACACAUCUAGGCAUUGAGCAGAGCAGACGAGAUGACAUGGAGUCAGUAGGUUAUGUCAUUAUGUAUUUCAUAAGGGGCAGUCUGCCCUGGCAGGGUCUCAAGGCAGCCACCAAAAAACAAAAAUAUGAGAGAAUCAGUGAGAAGAAAAUGUCAACGUCGGUUGAAGAGUUGUGCAAAGGACACGCGUCUGAAUUUUCCACGUACUUAAACUUUUGUCGAUCUCUGAGGUUCGAAGAUAAGCCAGAUUACUCAUACCUGAGGCAGUUAUUCAGGAAUCUUUUCCACAGAUUUGGUUAUACGUACAACUAUGUCUUUGACUGGAACAUGCUUAAAUUUGUUAGUCAUUGUUGUAUCUUUUGA